UAGUGAUCCCGAGGGACGCGCGGCCACAGAUGGUGUAACCCUCCGCCCAGGUCCCAAUUCUGGAGCGGAGGGUGGGGGGAGAGGGCUCUGAGGGUACCAUGGCACCGGCAUAGGCCACCUGGGAGGACGCUGCCCGGAGCAGAGCCCGCUAUGUAGGACCGGAAAGAGGGCGGCAACCUGCAGAGUACCCACUCCCUGGGCACUGACAUCAAUUUCAUUCUCCUUGAGUGAGGCAUUCCCAAUUGUACAAUGGAGAGAUCCCAGAGCAAGGUUUGUGGCAAAGACCAGAGCGUGAGCUCAGAAGAGGGAUUUAUAUUCGCACCCUGUGACUGCGAAGAGGACGUAAGUCGCGGGAAACCCAUCCGAGGGAGGACAAAGUCCCGCAGCUUGUCUGCUUCACCGGGACCUGGAAGUAGUAAGGAGUUCAGGAGAACGCGAUCCAUGCAUGGACCAUGCCCAGUAACCACGUUUGGACCAAAAGCCUGUAUGCUGCAGAAUCCAAAAGGGAUCAUGCACCUUCAGGACCCAGCGAGCCAGCUACUAACGUGGAACAAACCACCCAAAAGUGUGCUGGUGAUCAAGAAAGUCAGGGAUGCGAGUUUACUGCAGCCCUUCAAGGAGCUCUGCGUGUUCCUUACAGAGGAAAAGAACAUGAUAGUCUAUGUGGAGAAGAAAGUUUUGGAAGACCCCGACAUUGUGAACGAUGAGAUAUUUGGACCAGUAAAAAAGAAGUUUUGCACUUUUCGAGAAGAUUUUGAUGACAUCUCUAAUCAGAUUGACUUCAUUAUUUGCCUUGGGGGAGACGGGACCUUGUUGUAUGCAUCAUCGCUUUUCCAGGACAGUGUCCCUCCUGUGAUGGCGUUUCACUUGGGAUCACUGGGGUUCCUCACCCCUUUCAGCUUUGACAACUUCCAGACGCAGGUCACUCAGGUUAUAGAAGGUAAUGCGGCCCUGGUCCUCCGCAGCAGGCUAAAAGUGAAGGUGGCCAAGGAGCACAAGGAGAAGAGGUCCUUGGUACAGAAUGGAUUGGAGGAGAAUGGCUUAAUUGUCAACAAACCUGAGAAGGAGCUGGUCAGGCAAACAAAGUAUCAGGUCCUGAAUGAAGUAGUAGUGGACAGGGGUCCUUCUUCUUAUCUCUCCAAUGUAGACGUCUUCCUAGAUGGGCACCUCAUCACUACCGCUCAGGGGGAUGGGGUCAUUGUGUCCACGCCAACAGGCAGCACCGCAUAUGCAGCCGCAGCUGGAGCCUCCAUGAUCCACCCCAAUGUACCUGCCAUUAUGAUCACCCCAAUCUGUCCCCACUCUCUUUCCUUCCGGCCAAUCGUGGUUCCCGCAGGAGUAGAACUUAAAAUCAUGCUAUCUCCUAAUGCACGGAACACUGCGUGGGUCUCGUUUGAUGGAAGAAAGAGGCAGGAAAUUUGCCAUGGAGACAGUAUUAGCAUCACUACCUCUUGUUACCCUGUCCCCUGCAUCUGCUUCCGGGAUCCGGUUAACGAUUGGUUCGACAGCUUGGCUGAGUGUUUGCACUGGAAUGUUCGCAAGAAACAGAACCAUUUCACAAGCGAGGAGGAAGAGGAGGAGUUCUAGCCUUGGCCAUGACUCAGAGACUCAAGUCAGCGGCGCCUGAACAGUUUCCAUUUUCAGUGAUCUUUUCUCCUUUUCCUUCGGGCCCUUCUUACAGACUACAGACCAAAUCAGACAGACGUGUUUUUAUGAGCUAUCGGCUGCAAAGUACUGGUCGACGGACAACCAGCUUCCUAUAUUUAUCAAACCUAGCAUUCUCUCUUCAACUUUUAAGACAGAAGUUUAUAUUUGUGUUUCUUUAUAAUGAAACUUACAAAUAAAAUGAAAUAACUUUUUUUGCUGCUUGCAAUCUAUAGGGCCCGAUUUAUGAAAAAAAAAAACUGGAGGAAAGCAAGAAAACAAA